GCUUCCAAAUUAACUGCGAAGGCAAAGCCGUGCCGAAGGCCUCGCCGCGCCGCUCCCACACACUACACCCUCGCCGCCGCUGAGACUCGGCAAACUGCCUCCCGUUCCAUGGGCUGCGUAGGAUCCACCCCGGCCACCAAAGAUGCCGGGGGAAGUAGCGAUGUCAAUCAUGGCACUAAGAGAGUGAGGAAACCCAAAGCUUGGAAGCAUCCCCAACCGAUAACCAUGGCCCAGCUCAGGCAGAUGCGUGAGGAGUUUUGGGACACCGCUCCUCACUACGGUGGUCAGAAAGAAAUCUGGGAUGCCCUUCGAGUUGCAUCAGAGUCUGAGGUAUCCCAUGCACAGGCUGUUGUGGAAAGUGCAGGCAUAAUUGUUUCUAAUGCCGAUCUGACUCUCUGCUACGAUGAAAGGGGUGCUAAGUAUGAAUUGCCCAAGUAUGUUUUGAGUGAACCAACCAACCUGAUCCGAGACAGCUGAACGGCAGCCGGCCGUAGGAAGACCCACCGAUGUAAAAACUGUAAAUGACUGCAGAUGCCGCCAAAUUGGUCCCUUGCUUGUGGUAACUGGAGUGCCUCGAGUAACCUUCAGAUUUGCUUUGGCAACUUUCGGCAAUAGGGUUUUCCAGUUCUAGUGUUCAGAUAAAAAAAAACUUUUGCGUACCCUCGUCUAUUGUUCUUGGUUCUACUGUAAACAUGAGUCUGCUUAGAAUUCUUUGGAGCGAGAAUGCUGCUGAGAUUGUUCUCGUCCACUAUCAUGAUACAAGCUGGAGCAUACGUUUUAGAAACUUGUCACAUCUCGUGCAACUAAUUAUAUUAUUAUGUGGUCUGGUCUGACAUUUGAAAUGAAAUGCAUGAUAAGGAGCAAAUCGCAAUCUAA